AUGAGUCACGAGUGGUCCGAUGCCCUCCAAUGGAGAGGCAACAAAAGCCUGGAAAGUGGAAGAGAAGAAGAAAAGAGAGAAAAUUGCCAUGAACUCAUAAACGACAAAAUCUUCGUAUACAGAUGUAACACAUGCUUGCUGGUAUUCACCUGUGUGCAUUCGUUUUCAAAUCAUGUGUUGAGUGAGAACCACCAAAUAAAACAACUGAACUCUCUGAAGAAGGGAAAAUAUUUUAACUGCCUGAGGUGUAAGUACGUCUGUCUGAGCAUAGCCAAAAUGAUAAGUCAUAUCGAAUUGUACAAUCACGGUCACAACAUUUUGAGGAAAAUCAAAAGGAAUAUGAUUUAUAAUGGAAUUGCUUCCUGUUCAUGUCCAGUCAAAUGCUACACGUUUUACUCACAAAAUAAGAAUUGCCUGACUACUGGGGAUCCCAUUGUGGCCGAGUAUGAAGGGGUGCCUAAUUUGCAACCGAUCGAUGCAGGUGGCAUGUGUCCAUCGGAUCAGAGUGAUUCUCAUUAUGAUGGAGAUCUGGAGCUCUUGCCAAAGGAGGGGGGGAUACCUCCUAAGGAGCGUAACUUACUUUUGAUGGGUCAUUCUAACGAUUUGAUCCCACUUUUUCCUUCUACCGAUUUCUGGGGGAGGGGACGCCUAGGGGGGAACUCCCUCAGGAGGAAAACAUUGGGCUUUAUUCUCAGCACCACGGGUGGGGAAGCAUCUAAAGAGACAGUUUGGGAUGCAUCUAAGGGGACAAAUGGGGAUGCAUCUAAGGCGACAAAUGGGGGUGCAUUUAAGUCCCCCUCCAACGCAACAGCUGCGGCGCAGCGCUGUCGUGCAGACAUGAAGAUUGCCCCCAUGCCCUGCAACCAAGUUGGCGAGCAAACGGAGCUGAGCCCAAUCUGCACAGACAUAAACAAAAUAAAUGACUUCAACGCAGUUCUGCUGAAUUUAGAGAAGCAAGAGCAGGAAGAAAAGCAAAAAAAGCAAAAAAAUCAGCGCGUGAGGAACGAAGGAACCAACUUCUUCACGGAUGCAACCAGAAACUUACUCCUGCACAUUUACGAAAAUAAUUACCACUUGAGCAGAAUGAACGGAAAGGAUUCUUUCCCACAUGACGCUGAUUAUAAGGAGAAAAGAUCUGAUAUUCUCGCCCCAACUGAAGGUCAGUUGUUUUCCUCCCCCUCUGGCUUAAAUAAAGAUAACACCUUUACUGAGAAGAAUUAUGAUCCCUUCAGGAGCUACGGUUACAACCCCUUCGAACAAGGAGCUUUCAGCUUGUUCGGCAAGGAAGACAAUGCCAGUGUAGGGACACGAGGAGAGGACGCCCGUUUUUUCACACAUCAAGGGGGGCAUCCCCAAAGUGGGGCUAACAAUCCAGACAGGAAAGAUGCAAUCGGGAUGAGUAUCACUUCCAGCGAUUUGCACGAAGCGGACCCCUCCAAUGUCAUCGAUGGUCGAGACACGAGGAAAAACUCUACACAGAAUAGGCCACCCCAUUAUGACCCCAUUAUUAAGGACCACCACAAUUUGGAUCAAUUUCUCAGUUCAGAAGUGGCUAAUAAAGUUCACCAAAAUAUGGAAGGCGAAAUGGAAGAAAUAAAGAAUUCAUUUCUGCGCUCCAUCCAGAACAGCGAAAAAAAACUAGCUGCGUUGGAUACACUGUAUCUGUAUGAGCAGUGGGAGGGAGCAUCCCUUUUUUGCAGUAACCCCUCCACUGCGUAUGGAAGCACCAAGGAGGCACAAACAAGUGUUAGUGACGAAAUCGACACUCAUCGGAAUGGUACACCUAGAGGAAUGCAUUCUCUGGAUGAACAACAAAUGGGUGGCUUCCUCAACAGAGACAAGUUCUCCCCCUCAGACGAAGAUUUAAAAAAAUACUUUUGCAAAAAUUUCCUACCGCAUAUAUUUGAUUAUCAGCCGAGAAGCAUGGUUCCUCCCGCAAUGGGGGGGGUUCAAAGGCAUGAUUCGGGAGAGCCCUCCUAUGGAAAAGUAGCCAAAGUGAUGGGAGAUGCACACAUGGACGCGCGUCAUGACAUGCGGGUGGUGACGGCCAACAAGACGCAUAAUAUGGCUGAGAGGAAGACACCAAAUAGAGAAACCUUCACCGAAAUGAAGUACCCUCCCAGGCAGGGAGCAACUGAUGCAGCUCUGUAUCUUACUCAAAGGAUCCAUGACAGUGGUUCUUUUCUGACCUCUAAAUAUUGGCAAUCUGAGAUGGAUGAAAUGGACAGGGGACCUUACAAGCACAUCGAUGGGAAGGAUAACAGGGAGCUUUCCGGGGUGGAAGUCGAAGCAACCAACCAGCUGGAUUACAGGAAGUACACGGUCGGGAGAGAUCAACACAGUGGAGACCCACACGCUGCAAGUCUUUUUCCUCAAAUAGAUAGUGCAUUAACAUAUAUGAAUAAAAAAAGAAAUGAUAAUGUCACCGAGGAAAGAGCAAAAAAAGAAAGCGAACUGGAUUUACUAACCUUUUAUGGUUUUCAGGGAGGGGGAAGAUCCCCUUAUGUCCAUAAUGAUGUCCAAAAGGAGGGAACCAGCACACACGUGCAAAAUGGGCAAGAUGACAGAUUUUAUCCCCAACUGAAUAAGGCCUCGCACCAUUUUAAUCAACCAUAUGAAGAUCUCAUUCAAUAUGGUAAACGCUUCAGAGGGUGCGUAGCAGAAGAAGAAAAUGGCGAAGGGGAGAAGCCCUUCAAUACUCAUGACGAGCCCAUCAGUUUUACUGCCAAUGCGGGGUUCCCACACAAGGGGGUGAGAAAUCCAAACGCGCAAAGUGACGCAGCGCAGCAGGUAGCAUUGACCGAGGGGAUGAACCAGUGCAAUGCCACUGCCAAGGAGUUUAGUGCCCCUUCUUCCAGUGUGACUAACUUCAAUGCGAGACCUUUAAGCCGGCCAAGCAGAGACACCUCAGUGAGCAACCCAACUAACAAUGCAGCUUCCCGCACGCAGGAGCAGAUUCUCAAUAACAUUUUCGAAGAUCCCUCCGAUGAUAAGAAGAGGUCCAGGACGUCCAAAGAGACUGCCGCUUUAAAUCAGAAAAGACAAUCCUUUAUCGACGAAAUUGGUGAAAUUAAAAAAUCGAUCGAAAAGGAAAACAAAAAUAAUAGACAGCCCAAUUUGACACACAUGAGUCCUCCCUAUUGA